UUGGGGGGGGUUGUCGUGGUUCCACCACUGUUAACGACGGCACACUAACGGGGGCUGAAGACAUUCACAGCAGCCGUGCAUGUCGGCUAUGGCGGGUGCAAAGACAGCCGACCUCAUUGUUGGACUUGUUCUAGUUUUGCAUUCUCUGGGAAGUGUUUUCCAGUUCACCCGAGGGGAAUUAACGGCGCAGGGGGUUUCCUACACAGUGCUUCAGGGGCCGCUGCAGGAUGAUGACAUCACAGUGGAAGUGCUGAGGAGGAGGCGGUGGCUUCUGUCUGAGCCCCGCCCCAUGACGAGUAACAAGGCAAGUCAGGAGAGCUCAGAGGCAGAAUCAGAGGCAGCACUGCCUGACGGAGACACAGACAACAGCUCCCAGAUUGAGGAAGACACGGAUCACAACUACUACACAUCAAAGACCUAUGGUCCUAAUGAGCCCAUGAGCAAAGAACUAUGGGUAAACAUUGAUCAAAUGGAAAAGGAAAAAGUGAAGAUACAUGGAAUUCUGUCCAACACACAUCGACAAGCAGCACGAGUCAACCUGUCUUUUGAUUUCCCCUUCUAUGGGCAUUUUCUGCGGGAGAUCACCGUAGCAACAGGCGGCUUCAUUUAUACAGGAGAUGUGGUUCACAGAAUGCUGACAGCCACACAGUACAUCGCCCCACUCAUGGCGAACUUUGACCCCAGUCUGUCCCGCAAUUCAACAGUCAUUUACUUUGACAAUGGCACUGCUCUGGUAGUUCAGUGGGACCAUGUACACCUCCAGGACUCAUUCAGCCUGGGUAGCUUCACCUUCCAGGCCACACUGCACAGAGACGGCAGAAUCGUCUUCGCCUACAAGGAGGUUCCUAUCCAGAUUGCCAAGAUCAGCUCCAUCAACCACCCCGUGAAAGUGGGGCUGUCUGACGCCUUCGUGGUCGUUCACAGAAUCCAGCAGAUUCCUAACGUCCGGAGGAAAACCAUUUAUGAGUAUCAUCGCGUGGAGUUGCUCAAAACCAGGAUCACAAACAACACAGCUGUGGAGAUGACGCCACUGCCUACCUGUCUCCAGUUCAGGAGCUGUUCUGCUUGCAUCGCUACAGAGAUCAACUUCAACUGUAGCUGGUGUCACCGACUUAACAGAUGUUCCAGUGGCUUUGACCGCCAUCGGCAGGACUGGGUAGAUAACAGCUGCCUAGACGAGACAAAAGAUAACACCUGUGACAUCAUCAACACCACUCAGUUCCAGUCCUCAACCACAGCAUCAGUCACCAAGGCAACCACAAGAAACAGAGCUGCUACUGAGGCUGACUCAACCCGGGCUACGUCGCCUCCACCCACCAGCAUACCCACGGAAGAUGACACCAAGAUCGCCCUUCAUCUUAAAGACAAUGGAGCGACAGCAGCAGAAAGCACAGCUGAACGCACCACACAGUCCCUCCACACAGGUCUGAUCCUGGGCGUGCUCUUGCUCAUGUUGGUGAUGGCAGCUGUCGUCCUGGUAACCAUCUACAUCUACCACCACCCCAGCUCCACAGCCAGCAUUUUCUUCAUUGAGCGACGACCUAGCCGGUGGCCCGCGAUGAAGUUCCGUCGCGGCUCAGGUCAUCCGGCGUACGCCGAAGUCGAACCCGUCUACGAGAAAGAGGGCUUCAUUGAGUCUGAGCAGUGUUGAGGUCAUGCCCUUUGACUCUGCGACGUCAUUCGCCGCCCUGCUCCUUCCUCACGUUUGCUCACCCACGUAACAACUUAAAAUUUUCAGUUUCAGCUUCCCUCCAAAUAUGAAACAAGCAAGUACGGACCUGAUGUGGCUCCCAAGAAUAACAGAAACGAGUAGCACGGAUUAAGAUUUCUGCUGCUCUGUGAUGAAAUGAGACACAAGAAGAGACAACCGCAAAUGCCCUGACUCUGGAUCAGCUGGAGGAGGACUGGCCCUUGUUUAUGAACCACAGGCAGAUCUCCAAGACCUGACAUAGGAACAGCACUCAAAUCCUUGAGCACACUAGGACAGAUUUUGACCUCAGAGACCGGUAAAAGGUUCACUUUCGGAAUGGACGCGUUCUUUCCUUUCACCACAAAGGAAACUAUUGCAUAACAACGUCCAAAAAAUGCUUUAAAACAAAGUCAAAGAUGUACAUCUCCGGUUUAUGUUCAGGAGAGCGUAUAUAAUUUCUGUGUUGUUUAUAAUACUUUCUCCUUAUUUUUCAGUUUGGAUCCAACAGUUUGGAGAACUGGCUAUGAGCCCUUUAGUACCUCUGCUUCAAUAUUUCACGCAACUGCAUAUAAACCAUGUUCUUGCAGUUUCUGAUACAAUUGGGAAAGGUUUGCCUGCUGUAACCAGCCUUGCUGACAGUAUCGUUGAACCUUUUUUAUGCCUAGAACUGUAUUUGACAUUUUUUGCACAGACCCUUUUGAUGCACAUGUAUUAUUUUUCCAGUUUCGGGUGUUUCUUGUGUUCCUAAUGCGGUCAGGUGCUUUGUGACGCUGUGCAUCUUUGUGUCCCGUAUGUAUGUAAAUGGGUGUGAGGCUCUGUUUGGAUGGGUUUCCUUUCUGAAUAUUUCUUUUUUGAAUAUUUUGACCAACUGGUGUAAUAUUUCUGAUGACACACUGACUGCAACUUUUUACAUCUUACUCCAAAAUUACCAGUUUUACAAUAUUCAUUUUGCCAGUUUCGUAUUCAUAUUCGAAAGCUGCGAGAUGUCUUAAGAUACAGAUGCACCAGUGUAGUUGACACAACUUAAAUGAGAAUAUAUCUUUGAUAUAUUUCCAUAUGUACUUACAUAUAUACAUAUAUUAGCCUGCCAGUGUUUAAACAUUACUUUUCUAAAUUCAAAAUGUUUUACCAUGCAAGUGAAACAUUUUUUGGGAAACUAAAAUAUUGCAAAAUAUCAUAAAAAAUUCAUCCUGCUAUUCAUGUAGACUUUGUUUAUUCUAAGGCACAAAAGAAUACAGAUUUUCUUUCCAAUAUUUUCUGUAGUCAUAUUAAUACUAUUAUAUAUCGUUAUUCACUGACAGUUUGGUAUGCCUCAUUGCAUUCAUGUAAUCAACUGUUAUCAUAAUACAUAUUCCUAGUUCUUGUUUUGGUAUUAUCAAGACCAACGACGCCUAUGGUAUCACUGCGUUAGAACUACUGUUCCUUGUCUAUUUCUUUGACACAUACAUACACAUAGAUUAUUUCCAACACUUAGACAAAACAGAUAGGCUUCUAAAACUAUUCAACUGAUGCCCACAGACGUGGUACGAGGUUGUUUAUUUUACUUGUAUGAGAAGAUAGCAGGGACCGUGUUCACUCAGCAGUUUAGCUCCACAAAACAUGAGCUUUUAUGACAUCAACACCUUAAACGUCUCUAUUUUGAUUGAAUUGUUUAAACCACUGCUAAAAUUGUCAACAACAAGCAUAGACACCAGAGGGAAUUGUGUGCAUUUUGUCCUUUAUGUGAUUAAGUAAUAUUUAUAAGCCAGCAGGAUACACAGCUUUGUUUUCUGCUUUUGGAUUUGUUACUGUUCUGUUUUGCUUGUUUUAAAUUGUUUUGUUAUGUUUCAUUUAUCACCUGUGUCACUGGACUCAUCUGACUAAUUUCACUUGACCUGAUCUCUGUGAGGAGGUGUGGGUGUGGGUGUGGGUGGGUGUGUGUGGGUGCGCAUGUUUGCUCACACACAUAACAUUAAAUCCUUAAAUGGAAGAUUAUUUUGUUAAAUAAUGACAAAAAUCAGACAGAUGAGGACAGUUUUUCGUUCGACGGCAGAUUACUCAAAAUGGUGGCACUUCUGGGUUUUAGAUAAUCAUGACAUGCGUGACACGACCCGCUGAGAGCCGCUAAAAGACACGACGCUGUAGCUCCGCGUGCUCCUCUGUAACUACUGUCAUUUUGAUUACAUUUUAAAAGAAUAAAGUUGUUUAAACCAG